CCUAGAUCGCAAUCAGAGCAAAGUCUCUGUACGAAAAUUCGAUCAUCGGAAUCGUAUGUUUCAUCUCCUGCAAGGCUGCAACCCUGAACUUUGUAAAGAGGUUUAAGAAAGAAAACCUACAAAAUGCAUCCUGUUAGGAAGACACUGCUGCGCUGGACCUCGAAGCAAAAUCUUGAACCCUUCACCACCUUGGCCGCCGUAUGCCAGUGCCACCGCCGGAGUGGUUUGCCGGCACCGCAGCAGCAGCAUCUCCUACUCCUCCACCGUGGAAUCUCCUCCACCGCUCCUCGAAGCUCGUGGAUGGACACGAUCAAAGGGGUCUUCAAGGGAAAAAAGGAAGAGGAGCCCAAGGAAACCGCCCAGUCGUUCACGCUGACUCGUUUUGCCGAUGAGCUGAAGAAGGCUCAGAAAGUUGGCUCGUUCAAGCAGUACAUCGUGGGAAGGAGCAGUGAGGCGACUUUCUCAGAUGCUUUUGGGAAGAUGGAGGCUGUAAUUAGAUAUCUCAGCGCUUUUGAUGCUACUGGAGAGAACCUUCAAACAAGUCACAAGCAAGAAGCGGCAAAGCACUGUAAUUGCACGAUAGCUGAGGUUGAGAGCGCUCUGUCGAAGUUCACUUGGGCCAGAGAAGCACAGACUAAGCUAGACAAGCUAAAGGCAGAAGGGAAACCGAUGCCCAAGAGCCUUGCUGAGGUGCAGAACCUCAUGGGGAAGACACCGAUGGAUCUUGCUAGGUCUAAUCUGGCUAAAAGUGGGCAGAUCAGCAGGAACGCUUUCUGUCCAUGUGGUUCCAAGAAGAGAUUCAAAAAGUGCUGCGGAAAGGAUAAGGAGACUCUUAAAUAGGAGGCAAAAUUUUGGUGGUUCUCAAAAUUUUGAACUAUUUCAGAAUUGGUUGUUUUGAUCGUUUUCUGUUGUACUCUUGAUUCAUAAUAAUAGAGGCCAGUUCGACUGAGUCGGUUUGAUUUGUGGGUUUGUGGCCGCAAAAGAGGCUCUUAGCUCAGGGUGGUUCGAGUUGACUGGGUGAGAAAGGUUGAUAGGUAGAGGGAAUGAGGGAUGGUUCAACGAUGAAUGAACUUUUCAGAGGAUUUCCCAGUGAGUGGAUUUGUAGUGUGAUGGCAUUUUCCGACAUGAUUGUGAGACCUGACAUGUUCUGAUCAGUAGUAUGAGAUGGAUCAUGGAUAUUGUUUCUGAUCUGUCUAUUAUAUUGACGUUUUAUUCUUGACUUGUUCUAUAAUUAUUUGAAUAAUAUUUAUAAGU